AUGCAACAUGUUCUUUGUGGUUUUGAAUUAUCUCGAUUGCAUUUGUUCGGUGCAAACCCAGAAGCACAGUAUCCAGAUACCCUGGCUUUAACCUUUGACCCUGUGACCAGGCACUUGACGUGUGUGUAUAACGACCAUAGUGUGUACGUGUGGGACGUGCGGGACAUUCGCAAUGUUGGGAAGGUGUAUUCAGCUCUGUCCAGCGGGUGUGUGUGGAGUGUGGAGACCUACCCUGAUCUUGAAGAUUCAUCAGCAUGUCUGUCGCCCGGAUCCUUCCUCACCUGUUCAUCCGAUAACACCAUCCGCCUGUGGAAAAGUGAGUCGCCGCAGAGUCACGGCUCGGCUCUCGGCCUUCGACACAACCUCUACAGCCAGGACAUCGUAAGGAUAGUAUAUGUGGAUGAUGACACGCAGUACCUCAAAGCUGAGGCUGAGAAAGCUGAGGGAGGAGGCCAGGAUGGUAAAUCUGGGAUCAGGGUGAUGGGAAUCAGCCCAGAUGGACAGCAUUUGGCAGCUGGAGACCGCAGUGGGAACCUGAGGAUCUUCGGCUUGCAGUUUAUGGACGAACUGCUGAAAAUCGAGGCUCAUGAUUCGGAGGUCUUGUGUCUAGCCUUCUCUCCUAUUGAGACCGGUUUGCAUCUGUUGGCUUCUGCAAGUCGUGAUCGGCUCAUUCACAUCUUUGACGUGGAGAAGAAAUGCAACCUAGUGCAGACGGUUUACGAUCAUUCGGCCUCCAUCACUGCCAUCAAAUUCACAGGUCUGAAUUCAGAGUUGUGUUUGGUCAGCUGUGGCGCUGACAAGAGCAUCUAUUUUCGAUCUGCUGAGAAGACCUCAGAGGGCUUGAACUUCUCACGAUCACAUCACAUAGUGGAGAAGACCACACUGUAUGACAUGGACCUGGACGCCACACGCACACACACGGCCAUUGCGUGCCAGGACCGCAACAUUAGAGUGUACGAUGUGAGGAGUGGCAAGAUGAAAAAGUGUUUCAAGGGCUCCCUGAAUGAUGAUGGCACACUGCUCAAGGUCCAGUUGGAUCCCUCUGGGAUGUUUCUGGCCACCAGUUGUUCAGACAAAAAUAUCUGCAUCUUUGACUAUGAGUCAGGCGAAUGUGUGGCCACCUUAUUUGGACAUUCGGAAAUUGUUACAGGAAUGAAAUUCAGCCGGGACUGCCGGCAUCUGAUCACUGUAUCUGGUGACAGCUGUGUGUUUGUGUGGCGGCUGGACUCUCAGAUGACCAACUCCAUGAGGAAGAGGUUGGCGGAGAGAAAGCAGAAAGCAGGCCUGAGGGUUCAACGGGCCCCCAGCAAACAAGAAGCCAUCAGGAGAGAGACCUACAUCGCUGUGCCCUGCACUGCCCUGCCUCACAUGGAGGAAGAGGAGGAGGAGGAGAAUCCAGAAGAUGCUGUGGACGACUGCAGGACUCCAGACAGACUCGACUCCACAGAUGCAUCUCUGGAUUCUGUGGUGCUCCAAACCAAUGGCAAAAUGCCCAUGUGGGUGCGCAGACUGGGUGGAGGAGGUGAGAAUGAUGGCAGUGGCAGAGAUAAUCGAGCUCAGUACCAGCCUCAGGGACGCUGGGCAGUGCAGUCAGAUCCACUAGCCAUCCGCACCGUACUGGAGAUGAAGAGCAUGCAGCUUCCCCUGUCACACACUCCCAGCAGAGCCGUGGGAGACGACGAGUUCGAGGAAGACUCUCGCUUCCACCCACAGAGUUUGGAUAGUCUGUUGGAUGAAGGCGUCGAAGACGAUGAUCUAGAGGAAGAGGACAAAAUUUGCAGUGUUUCCAGACAUGGGUUUAGCUCUUCUCUCCAAGGGCCAGAUUUUCUGCAGAUGCCACAAGGCGAGGAGAACUUCAAUCCCAAGCACAGCUCACCAGAGAAGACUGGAUACAUUUUGUACCCUGCCAACAGCACUGCUCUAUCCACUGGAGAAGGAGAGUUCGAUGUCAAAGCUCUGUGUGAGGGGUCAGGUGGUGACCCUGAGGACGAGGAGCUCAGCCCAGAUAGCGCUUGCUCUGCUGAGAGUCCAGCCUCCCACAGUGACCAGCCCCAUGACCAGGACACAGACUCCCUCAGUCAGGUGAGCUCCACGGGAAGCUCAGGAGUGGAAGAGGAAGAGGAUGAAGAAGAGUCUGGAACGCUGCUUCGCCAACAUUUCGACACUCUGGGUGUGGCUGCUAAUGAAAAGUUCAACACAGACUUGAGCUGUCUGCAGCCCAGCGGCACAGAUGGUAACUUCCUCAAUCCUCGCCUCAGCAUCUCCACACGCUUCCUCUCCCGCUUCCAGAGCCGCUUCCGCACUGUAGGGUCUAGUAGCAGUGCUGUGUGUCGGCUCGCGGCUGGUCUGCCCAGUAUACCUGACGAGUCCAGCGCCGGCUGCCAAACCCUCGACACAACAAUGGACAAGUCAAAGCUUCUUUCAAACAAUAGUGGAAGCAUUGAGGAGAACGAGAAGAGUGUUACCAAGAAACGCUCCUCGAUGUCUUCCCGGAAAUCUUGCCAAAACGUAUCUUUGUUACGCUGGAAAAAUGCUCUGGGAGAAAUCUCAAACAAGACCAUCCAUUCCAAAGCUGUCAAUAAUACUGUCAACGCCACAACAAUUCUUGCCACCAAAUCUGCCAGCAACACCAAAGAUGCAGACGCCUCAGUUACCCGUUCCCGCCAAAGCUACAUGGGACCCACUGCAAGCUCCCGCGCUAAGAUCGCGCAGAGCACCUCUGUGGAGGCUCUGAACGUGUGUGUGUCGGAGGAAACGCAGCUGAACACCCCGUCCUCGUCACUGGACCCGACCGUAGAGCAAAGCAAAGAGAACAUCGUUCCUCCUCCCUCUUCGGCUCUUCCCUCGGGACCGCCUCCGGCCUUGGGAAACCACAGUGCCCGGGCAGCGCUUCGAUUGGACCUCGUUGGCCCCAGCCGGGCCAGUUUGUCUCCGGUGUCGCUGAAGACUCGUCUGGGCAAAGUUGAAGGUACCGGGUCUCCGUGUCGACAGGCUUUGGUGACGCCCACUGAGAUGCGGUCACUGGGGAAAGAGUGUCGGAAGCAGAUCAUUCAUAUUGAGCAGAGUUUGCCCACGAAGACUUCAGGGAGGUUCUCGACAGGGUAUGACAUGUUUUCCGGGAAGCCCAGAGUGUCGACGGUGGUUGAAGACCUGCAGUUUACAGGGUCAUGUGAGAACACACAGUCCUCGGGUCAGAUCGCAGUAACUCCAGACGGAGAGGAUUCGACAGGAAACGACUGCCUUGGGGAGAACACGGGUCAUUCUGCAGAGUCGCUGAGUGUCCAGACGUGUAAGAAGAUGGUGAAUGAACUGUGGCACACCAUCCAUAAAGCAACUGGCUUUUACAGCGAGUUGUGCUCCAUCCCGGAGCUGUCGGAGCAGCAGGAACAGAUGAAGAGUAUUUUGCAGGAGGUGUUUGUGGGCGUCCAGUGCGAGUUACUCUCCCUGUGCCCACAGGAGACCCACGCCCGUCCCGUCCCGGAAGACUCCCCCGGCCGCCAGCUGCGGGACGCCCGCGCCGUGGCGCUCCUGGAGAAAUACUCCGAGAUGCUCUUACUGCGAAUGACUGAGAAAGCAGCUCCGCCCGCACUGGAGUAACACCUCGUUUUAUUGGCCGAAAUGAACUUCUAACGCCAUUCCCCCAUCAGCACCUUCAAACUUCAAUGUCUUGUGUUGCUUUUGUAAGCAUGUACGUGCACAUUUAAUGCUUUUUGUAAAACUGCCUACUUUUUUUCACACUACAUUUCAAUCAGUGUAUUUGCUCACAUACACUUGAAUUAUUUUUAUCCUUUAACAACUUAUCAAGGCAAACCCUUCAAUCGUUUGUUUUCCAUAUAUCAUGUAGAAUUUUGAAACAGUGUUACUUUUGGAAUUCAAACAGUUGAAUUAUGUAGUUUUGUGUUGCAGUUUUUGAUGUUUGAUGCUUUUUGUAGUUUCACACCAUUUCACGCAGAGUUGUUUUGAAUCUAGAUGUGAUUCCUGAAGCGCCAGGCUGAGACUCACGGUUUGCUUGGUUUUGCCACUGGUUUAUGCUUUGUCAUGUUGAUGUGCAAUCCUUUUCUUUUUCUUUUUUCUUCACUGAAAAUGUAUAGUUAACUUUUUAGGGAAGCUUUGUAAAUAUGUUUUAAUCAGCCAUUUACACUAUUUUAAUAUUAAACAUUUUAUUGUUAAAUAUAAUUGUUUUUUGAUUGUU